UUGAAAGGUCGAUACUUUCCAAGAUUGCAAAAUCAUCAGCUCACGGUAGAAACUAAGUUUGAUGGUGAAUCUAUGAGUACGGAUCCUGUCGGGCAUACUAGCUCGCCAUUCUUUGGGACUGAACUAGCAUGGGAAAUGGACAAGAAGGCAUUACACCAACACCGUAUGCAAAGGACACCAAUUAAACUACAGUGCAUUGUUGAAGACUUAAGUAUUGGUACACGAGAAGUUGCUGGCUAUAUCAUGUUAGAUUUAAGAAUGGCGCAGAAAAAGCCACAAAAGGCAAUUUGGUAUCCUUUACUCAGUACGUCCGGCAAUUAUAAAAAGAGAAAACCGGAAUUGCAAGUAAUGAUGACCUUAGAAAGUGAAGCUAAUGAAGAUAACGAAAAUAAUUUUACUGCUCAACCUUUGCCUAAAUACUUGCAUAAAAAUCAAAAACGUAAGCAUGCUAUAAUCAUAAAUAGCGAAGGAUUCUUUUUCCAAAUUGGGCCUAAUAAGAGGGCAGCAGAUCAUUUUUUGCUAUCCUUAUCUAUACUAUAUGGAAAAAAUUUAAUACAGCUAAUCCCAUCAUCAGCACGAUUGUCAGAAAAGAAUCCUUCCGUUGCUGGAUACUAUUUUCGAUACUAUAUUUUCGAUAACGAAAUUACAAAUAUGUAUUUUUACGAUCUACUGAAUCCUGAAUUUAAACCAGAACGAGCAUCGGUUCGACUACGAAGUAAUCCCGAGUACUUAAUAAAUUACUUUAGUCGUAAUCCGGCCAUUGAGAUCGAUCUUUGUUGUGGUCAACAAGUCCUUGGUGUUGCUCAAGUUCCCACUCAAGGAUUAUUGCAAAAGUUAGGAUCAACCGCAGUAGAUGGAAUGUUCCACUUACUUAUGCCAAAUCAGUUGACACCCUGGGACUCUGAUGCAGUAGCACCUGCAGUCAGUGUUACCAUCACUUUAAGAAGGUUGUCACAGUCAACAGAAACUCAAGCUAGCAAAAGCAAAUCGAACGAAAUGACUGUUGAUCGGGAAAAUCAAGGAAAAAGAGAAGAUGGCCAAGCGAAGGAAAAGAACCAACCCAUAUACUCCAUUAAAUCGAUAGAGGAAAAUAUAAAGACAGUGGUACUUGAUGAUGAGGGUCAAAAAUUGGGUGAAAAGCCUCAUAGUACUUACGAUAUAUCAACAGCCGUUAAUCAAUAUCUAGAUGAAAAUAAUGCAAAGGCGACAACGUCUGUACUCACUGGUUCUAAUCAAUAUCAAGCAAUAGCUGCCAGAAUAGAGCAAGGGCAACAUCAUUAUCGAUUUACAAUCGACCUUAGAACAAUUCGAAACUUAAAUGUCGGCUUUUAUUGUAACUGCUUUUUGAGAUAUACGUAUCCAUAUUUUGGGAGUAGCUCUCCGAUUAUUACAGCUCCACCGAUUGAAAUCACUCGUAAUAUGGAAGCUAGACUUCCUAACUCUCAUUGCACCUUUAAUUUCGCUUGUACGCCUAAAAUGUUGCGCGAUACUACAACCAAUACGCCCUUAAUGGUUGAAGUGUGGCAUCGUGAUAAAGUCAGCAAUGAUGUAUUGAUGGGUCUAGCUCAAAUUUCACUAGCUGAAGUAUUACAAUGUGAUAAGCAAAAGAUUUCUCUUAGCACUGGGUCCGUAGGUUAUAAGCAAAGUGUUAAGCGGACAACGCACAUCACUUCCUCAUCAGAAUCGAAAAGAAUUGGUAAUUUAGAUAUCAUACUAGAACUGGACGAUUUAGGCGAAGUUUUAAAACCUGAUACGACUGCAUCACGUUCAUCCGAUGUACCUUCAAUUGCAGCAAACGCCCAUAACCAAACUGAUACGUACAAUCAUUCUGAUGUUGAUCAAUUUGAAAAGCACUACCGUGAAACGCCACAAUACCAGGCAGCGUUAGAACUGGAAAUUUGGAAAGAAAAACAAAAGGACUUAUUUCUCGCUGAGUUAAAAAAGAAGGAAGAGGAAUACAUGAGACUGAUGGCCCAAGAGUGGAAACAGAGAGACAGUGAACGAGAGAUUCUAGUUAGAAAGAAGGUUGAUGAAUAUACCAAGUUGACGGAUAAACUUAAGACCUCUAUUGCUGACUUAGAAAAACGUGAGAGACAGCUAACCUUAGGAGAGAAUGAACUGAGUCGUUUACGAGAUGAAAUCCAAAGGGAAUUACAGUUAAAACUGAAUGAAAUGAACGAAGCAUCUAGAAGAUUCCAAGAAGAUUGUGAACAUCGAGUUACAUUGGAAAGGGCUAAGGUUCUUGAUUUAGAAGAGCAAAAACAAAAGUUAUUCGCCGAUUUGAAAGAAGCUGAGAAUCGAUAUAGAGAAAGGGAAUCAGAUUUUGAUAAGUAUAAGAAUCAACAAAAUAGUAAACCUGAGGCACAGCUCAGAGCUGAUAUUAACAUGUUAACAUUGGAAAAGGUUGAGCUACAACGAAAGCUGGAUGCUACUAUAAAAUCGAAGCAACAUUACAAAGAACAAUGGAGUGAAGCAUUGAAAGAAUUAGCGCGGUUGAGAGAACGUGAACGUGUAAAUGAAAAGACUAGACUGCAGAAACAAGCCAGAGAGUUAGAACAUUUACGAUUGCGCUAUUUAGCGCAAGAAGAAAAGGGAGUAAUGAAAAAUGAUAAAAAUGAGUUGGAAACAUUAAAAGAGGAGAUUAAAAGCCUGGCUACAUCAAUUCGGCAGACAGGCCACAAGACCCAGGAAUUAUCAACUGAAUUAAAGGAAAAACAAAAGAAACAAGCUAUCGCCGCUGAAGUCAACCAGGAAGAAUUAGAACAGCAGAUUGCCAGACUAAUUGAAGAACGAGAUACUUUAAUGAGCGCUGGGGCAUAUACAGUAGACGAUAAAAUAAUCCGUGAGCUAGAUAAGAAUAUCAGAGAUACUCUAGCCCGUCAGGCGUGA